UAAAAAGGCAGCAGGCCUAGCCUCGUCCUUUUUUCCUGUGGAGCUAUCCACGUUGGUAGCAUCUCCUCCUGACUCACCGCUGUUCGCUGAAAUUUCUUCCGAAUAAGUCGGUCGGGAAUCACAAAAAUGGCCUUUAAGGACUCUGGCAAGGCACCUGCUGAGACUGAGGUUGCUAUCCAUCGCAUCCGUAUCACCCUCACCAGCCGCAACGUCAAAUCCCUGGAGAAAGUCUGUGCUGAUUUGAUCCGUGGUGCCAAGGAGAAGAGCCUGAAGGUGAAGGGACCAGUCCGCAUGCCAACCAAGACUCUGCGCAUCACCACCAGGAAGACUCCCUGCGGUGAGGGGUCCAAAACCUGGGAUCGCUUCCAGAUGAGGAUCCACAAGCGCCUGAUAGACCUGCACAGUCCGUCUGAAAUUGUCAAGCAGAUCACCUCCAUCAGCAUCGAACCAGGCGUAGAGGUUGAAGUCACCAUUGCAGAUGCAUAAGCAGUUCUGUUUUCAAUAAAGAGAUAAAAGAAGU